AUGGCGCUACCUUCCCCAAAAGUCACGAAGCUUCCAGUGCUGCAACAGGACGCGUGGGUCGAACGACUGCGAGCCGCGCUGCCUCCAACGUCUAGCUGGCGAUCGUUCUACAGCUCGUUGGCUGGCGGCAUCGUCACAGACAGCGCCUUGAUGCUACUCCCGAUCGACGACCACAUGGUCCACAGAGGUCACGCAGUUUUUGAUACGUGCAACGUGCACAACGGCCGCGCCUACGGUCUUCACUUCCACCUGGAUCGGCUCUUGAAGAGUGCAGCCACCGCUCGCAUCGAGCACAGCUACACGAAGGAAGCCUUGCGAGACAUCAUUCUCGCUACUAUCGCCGCCGGCGGGCGGUCCAAGAACGGAAUGGACGCUUUCGCGAAGUUCUGGCUCAGCGCUGGGAGAGGUGACUUCAUGGUUUCCCCGCGAGGCUGUGGAGAUGCGAUCUUUUAUGUCGUGGUGACUGACUUCCCCGGACAUCCGUCGGAAGGGAUCGAGGAGUGGGUCGUGAAAGUCCCCAUGAAGACCGGACUCAUGGCCUCUUGCAAAACGAAUAACUACCUUUUGAACGCGCUCACGGCGAUGGAAUCGCAGGACAAGGGCGGCAUGGAAGGCAUCUGGGUCAACGAUGCUGGAAAUGUAGCGGAGACCUGCAUGGGGAAUGUUGCGAUAGUGGACCAGGGCGGCGUACUCAGAAGCCCUCACUACGACGGCUCGAUCCUGGCCGGCACUACGUUGCUGCGUGUUUUCGCUUUCGCGCCCCAGCUCAUACAGGUGGAGACAGGCAGAGUGGCGAAACCCGUGAUAUUUUCGGCGUGGGACGGACUGCUGACUUCCUUCAAGUUCGACUUCGUUCGCGCUAGCGAGCUCGAAGAAGCCAAAGAAAUACUUCUUUGUGGUGGCGGCGGGGUAACCUCCGUGGUGUCGAUCAACGGGAUCACGGUCGGCCGGGUAAAGAAGGAAACGAUCGGGGACGGAACCUCCGCAGAAACCGGCAAGGCUGAAGCUGCAAAACCGGGACCGGUGUUCUGGGCUUUGCGGGAGCUGCUUGCCGCAGACAUGGAGGGUGCUGAGUUCACCGACGCCGUCCCGUACGAGCUUUACGAGGACUAA